AUGGCCAGACAACCCAGUGAUCUGAAGGUUAUUGAAGUCCGAGGAGUUCAACUCGAUGACGAGGAAUGUGUUUGGAAAUACAAGGUAGUAUGGAGCUCUGGACUAAUAACGACGGAACCGGUGGAAUGUUUUAGUCGAUUGGAUUCGUCUGCUGUUCAAGGAUUUACGAAUCUCCUUUUUAAACUCCGAAAGGAGCCAGAAGCACAGCCCAAUCGGUGUUCGACCUGUCGUGUCGCUUUCGAUGGAGUGGAUGAAUUGACGGUACACCUGGCUCAUCACAAAAGCGUUCAGGAGUUCCUUUCGAAAUCCAAUGAAUGGGAUUUUAAACUGAUCAUGGAAGAAGCGACAUUGGAGAUGCUUUUGACCAGCCAAGAAAAUCAUCUCGAGUACGCAAUGAACGAUGUAGAUUUUUCAGGUAUUUUUGAAAAAUGA